AUGGCAGUCGCUGGAGCACAACCAGCACAAGGUGAUCAGAACUUCGAUUAUAUGUUCAAGUUGCUGAUCAUUGGCAACUCUUCCGUGGGAAAAACGUCGUUUUUGUUCCGCUAUUGUGACGACUCUUUCACGUCGGCUUUCGUUUCUACUGUAGGAAUUGAUUUUAAGGUAAAAACAGUGUUUCGAGGCGACAAACGCGUGAAACUACAAAUAUGG